AGUGGGCGGGCCCCGAGCUUGGUGUGUGAGGAGCGAAGGCAGCUGUGAGCUGGGCUGGGGGCGGUGUCGAAUGUGCAUGGUUUGUGGAAAGGGCCCUGGACUUGGAAUUAGAAGACCUGAAUUCAAGUCCUGGCCGUGCCACUUAUUAAUUAUGUGGUCUUCGGUGAAUCCCUUCACCUCUCUGAACCUCAGUUUCUUCAUGUGUAAGAUGAGAAGGAUGGACUUGAUCUCCUUCCAACUCUGGCAUUUAUUGUGUUCUAUUCAUCCCCUAGCUAUGGGGCUCCUGUUGGAUUCACACAGGCGUCGGGCCUUGGCACGGUUGCUUCUGCGCCUAAACACUCCACUCUGUGUGGUGAGCUACAUGGCUGGUGUGAUCUGGUUCCUGGGCCUGGCCUUCUCACCACUGACCCAGAAUACAUACAUAUCAGAGAAUGCUAUGGGUUCCACUAUGGUAGAGGAGCAGUUUGAAGGUGGAGAACAUGCUCUCAGUUAUGCCAGAGAUUUCAUUGCCCAACGCAGGAAAACAGGAAGCUUGCCUGUGACCUGGCUGGAGCGGACCAUGCGUUCUGUGGGCCUGGAAGUUUAUAGUCAGAGCUUCUCCCGAACAUUGCCCUUCCCUGAUGAGACCCAUGAGCGAUAUAUGGUGUCAGGUACCAAUGUGUAUGGGAUUCUACGAGCUCCAAGAGCAGCCAGCACUGAAUCACUGGUGCUUAUUGUGCCCUCCAGUCCUGGAACCCUCAAUGCUCAGGCAGUAGGACUGCUGUUGUCCUUGGCAACUUACUUCCGGAGUCAGAUUUACUGGGCCAAAGACAUCAUCUUCUUGGUGACAGAGCACGAUUUGCUGGGCACAGAGGCGUGGCUAGAAGCCUACCAUGAUGUCAACAUUACCGGGAUGCAGUCAUCUCCACUUCGGGGCCGGGCAGGAGCCAUCCAGGCAGCAGUGGCUUUAGAACUGAAUAGUGACGUGGUCACCAGCCUGGAUGUAGCUGUGGAGGGGCUGAAUGGGCAACUUCCUAACCUGGACCUUCUUAAUCUCUUCCAUGCCUUCUGCCAGAAGGAGGCUCUGCUCUGCACCCUGCAGGGGAAGUUGCAACACUCAGACUGGGCAUCUCUGGGAGGCUCCCUUCAUGGACUACAGACAUUGAUGCUUAUGGUACUGCGUCAAGCUUCUGGCCGCCCUCAUGGUCCCCAUGGGCUUUUCCUGCGCUACCAUGUAGAAGCCAUCACCCUCCGUGGUAUCAACAGCUUCCGCCAGUAUAAAUAUGACAUGACCUCUGUGGGCAAGACCUUGGAGGGUAUGUUCCGCAAAUUGAACAAUCUUCUGGAGCGACUGCACCAGUCCUACUUUUUCUACCUCUUGCCAUCACUGUCACGCUUUGUCUCCAUUGGUCUCUACAUGCCUGCCAUAGGCUUCCUGCUUUUCAUUCCUGGUCUAAAGAUAUCCUUUCUUGUGUGACAGGACCAUGCCCUGGAACUGUGGGUGAAACUCAAUAAGGUGGACUUUGGCCCUGAGGAUCGGUCAGGCCUCAAUCACAGCCCUCCUCAACUUAUUGGACAGGAAAACCGAGGUGUGGCCCUUACCCCUCUGGUAGCCCCUGUGCUGAUAUCUCAGGCCACUGGUUUGGCCCUCUACUUGCUGCCUGUCAUGGGCCAGCAUGUGGCUGCCCAACACUUCCCUGUGGCUGAGGCUGAGGCUGUGGUGCUCACACUACUUGCCAUCUAUGUGGCUGGCCUGGCCUUGCCUCACAGCACCCACCGGGUAGUGAGCACUUCUCCUCGAGGCCCAGAUAGUGGAUGGAUGGCCCUGAAGCUCCUAGCUCUACUCUACCUGGCACUACAGCUGGGCUGUAUCUCCCUCUUCAACUUCUCACUGGGGUUCUUGCUUGCUGUUACUAUGGUGCCUGCUGCUGCCCUCACCCAGCCCAGUGGACCCAGGCUUCUGUAUGCUGUAUUGCUAGUGCUGGUGAGCCCAGGGGCCACCCUCCUGGGCAGCCUUUUCCUGUGGCGGGAACUGCAGGAAGCACCCCUGACACUUGCUGAGGGUUGGCAGCUGUUCCUCAGUGCUCUGGCCCAAGGUGUCUUGGACCACCACCUCUAUGGUGCCCUGCUUUUCCCACUACUCGCCCUAGGCCUCUACCCCUGCUGGUUACUCUUUUGGAAUGUCCUCUUUUGGAAAUAGUUACACUGUCCCCCUACUUGCCUAUCCCCAUCCCCUCACUAUCCCUCGGGCUUACUGAAACCAAGAGGGAGCUGAGGAAAUAGUCCCUUCCAUGUCUGUGGUGAAGAAUUUUGUAAAUGUACAUACAUUUGGAUGGGCCCUUAGAGGCCAUCCAGUCCAACCUCAUCUUUCAGAGGGAAAAACAGUAUUGAAGUGGGGAGAAGUACCGCACUUAGGUAACAGAGCUGGGGCUUUAACUCGGGCCAUACCACAGGCCAAAGUUUUUUGGGGGACAUCCUCACAGCUUCCGGGAAUCAUUACUUCAAUACUUCUGGGGAUCAGUUAACCCAGGUCCAAAACUUACUGCUGGAAAGAAGUAGGACUGUGUGGCUGCCUACAGUGGGGGCAGGGAGGCUGAGGAGGGGAAAGGAGAGGGCUAUACAUGCCCCAGAGCAGCAGUUCAGUUGGGUUGCUUUGGGAGGCUCUCUCAAUGUGUUUCUCUCCCAUCCCAUGGAAAUAAACAGGUUUGGGGGGUUU